GGAUUUUGUAAUGAAAAUGAAAUGACACCCAUCAUUCAUUUUCAUGUGCUCUACUCUUCAAUCCCCAUAUAACAUAUAUUGUGCUAUUCAUUCAAUGUUUAUUCUGAAAUCUUUAUUUAUCACCUUAGCUUUCUAGGGUUUAGAGAAAAGGAGAGAGAAGAAAUUUAAAGCUCUCAACUUUUACAUAUAUAAAUACAUAUAAAUAUAAUGGUGUCUCUCCUUUUUUCAUUUUAGUAAUUUUCUUUUUUGGUAAUAUAUUUGCAUGUAUAAGGAAUCAUUUACUUUUUGGUGUCUUUGACAUAUGGAAUUAUUGCUUUAUCAGGUUUGCUCUCUUAAAAAAGAAAAAAAAAGAGAGAAAGAAUAUAUAAAGAGAAUUUGAUCUAAUGUUUAAUGGGCUUUCUUUAUUUUUUGCUCUUUCAUUGUUUGCUUUGAUAAAAAUCCAAUCUUUUUGUUACAUAUAAACAGAAGAUAUAUGUGUAUUGUUUGAAUAGAAUUUGUGGGAUUGUUGAAAGAUUGGUUUUUUUGAGGUUGAAAUGUUGGCAUUGGGUGAAAUGGAGCAAGAAUUUGAUGCAAAGUUAAAUAUUCAAAAUAAUUCAGUUAAUACUCAGAGAUCUAAGAGUUUUGCAUUUAGAGCACCACAAGAGAAUUUUACAAUUCAAGAUUUUGAAUUGGGAAAGAUCUAUGGAGUUGGUUCUUAUUCCAAGGUUGUCAGAGCAAAAAAGAAAGAUACUGCGAAUGUAUAUGCCUUGAAGAUCAUGGACAAAAAGUUCAUCACUAAGGAAAAUAAGACUUCUUAUGUGAAAUUAGAGCGUAUCGUACUUGAUCAGUUAGAUCAUCCCGGUGUUAUCCGACUAUUUUUCACCUUUCAAGAUACUUUUUCACUGUACAUGGCUCUCGAGUCCUGUGAAGGUGGAGAGCUUUUUGAUCAGAUAACAAGGAAAGGCCGUUUGUCUGAAGACGAGGCACGGUUUUAUGCAGCUGAAGUUGUAGAUGCUCUUGAAUAUAUACAUAGUAUGGGAUUGAUUCAUCGAGACAUUAAGCCAGAGAACCUGCUUCUUACUUCAGAUGGACACAUUAAAAUUGCGGACUUUGGCAGUGUAAAGCCAAUGCAAGAUAGCAGAAUAACUGUCCUUCCAAAUGCGGCAUCAGAUGACAAAGCCUGUACUUUUGUGGGAACAGCCGCUUAUGUCCCUCCUGAAGUUUUAAAUUCUUCUCCUGCAACUUUUGGAAAUGACCUUUGGGCACUUGGCUGCACAUUGUAUCAAAUGCUUUCUGGAACUUCGCCAUUUAAAGAUGCCAGUGAAUGGCUCAUCUUCCAAAGAAUCAUUGCUAGAGAUAUUAGGUUUCCAAAUUAUUUUUCAAAUGAAGCCAGAGAUCUUAUUGAUCAGCUGCUGGAUAUUGAUCCUAGCAGAAGACCGGGUGCUGGACCUGAUGGUUACGCUUCACUGAAAAAUCAUCCAUUUUUUAAUGGGACUGAUUGGGAGAAUUUGAGGUCACAAACCCCUCCAAGGCUUGCUGUGGAGCCAAAAGCCCCGUCAACUCAUAGUAGUGGUGACGAACAAGAUCCUUCAUGGAAUCCGUCGCACAUUGGAGAUGGUUCGGUUAGACCUAACGAUGGAAAUGGUGCUGCUCCAUCAACUUCUGAAGCUGAUAGCAUCACCCGGCUUGCAUCAAUCGACUCUUUUGAUUCAAAAUGGAAGCAAUUUUUGGAUCCUGGUGAAUCCGUCCUUAUGAUCUCGAUGGUGAAAAAGAUACAGAAGCUCACAAACAAGAAAGUUCAGCUAAUCCUAACAAAUAAACCAAAGUUAAUUUAUGUAGAUCCCUCAAAGUUGGUAGUCAAAGGGAACAUUAUAUGGUCCGACAAUCCUAACGAUCUUAGCAUUCAAGUCACAAGCCCUUCACAGUUCAAGAUUUGUACUCCAAAGAAAGUUAUGUCAUUUGAGGAUGCUAAAAACCGAGCACAGCAGUGGAAAAAGGCGAUUGAAGCUCUCCAGAACCGGUGAUUCUGGUCUUUUUGUUGUUAUGACUGCACAUUCUUUGCAAACGUAAGGAUAUUGUAGAGCGAACGGGGAUCCAGAAACAGUUGGAUGCUCCCAAAGGAUUUUUAUUAAAACUACUCAAUUUUACAGCUUUACUCUAGUAGAAAAUUUUCACCUACACUUAUUUUCCUUGGAUGAAGCUCACUACAGUUACACAAUCACAUUUGUAUGUUACAGACUUGUAAAGACAGAUUUUAAUUGAAAGAACUUGGUGAGCUGAUUUAUCAGCUAUUUUGCUCCCUAUUA